AUGGCCACCGCGACGAACUCGAAGCCGAUCCCCACGGUAAUCUCCGUCGAUCCGUUUGUUCCGGCCGAUCAGCAGAAGGGCAUCCACAACCGCUGGCACCCUGAAAUACCUGCUUUUGCGACAGUAAAGCCUGGCGAGGCUUUCAAGGUUCAAUGUGUCGACUGGACUGGUGCCCAAAUCGGUAACAACGACACCAGUGACGACAUCCGGGACGUCGACCUGACCAAGGUCCAUAACCUCUCCGGCCCUGUCGCCGUCGAGGGCGCGGAGCCAGGCGACUGUCUUGUCGUUGACAUCCUCGAUGUCCAGCCAUUUGAGAAGAUGCCGUGGGGCUACACCGGCAUCUUCGAGCUCGAGAACGGCGGCGGGCUCUUCGCGAAGGAGUUCAAGAGCCGCGCCGCGAAGGCGAUCUGGGAUUUCGAGGGUGUCUACGCCUCCUCGCGCCACAUCCCCGGCGUCCGCUUCGCGGGGGUCUCGCACCCCGGCCUGAUCGGCACCAUGCCCUCGGCGGAGCUCCUGAAGACGUGGAACGAGCGCGAGUGCGGGCUCAUCGCGGAGCACCCGGGCGCGAUGCCCGCGGUCGCGUUCCCGCCCGAACCGACGGGCGCGUACGUCGGGACGGCGGAGCCGCUGCCCGCGGACGUGCUCGAGAAGAUCAUGAAGGAGGGCGCGCGGACGAUCCCCGGGCGCGAGCACGGCGGGAACUGCGACAUCAAGAACUUGUCGAAGGGCUCGCGGUGCUACUUCCCCGUCUUCGUCCCGGGCGCGCUGCUGUCUGUGGGCGAUCUGCAUUUCUCGCAGGGUGACGGUGAAAUGUCGUUCUGCGGUGCCAUCGAGAUGGCGGGCAUCAUCACCUUCAAGUGCAGCAUCAUCAAGGGCGGCGUGGACAAGUUCGCUCUGAAGCAGCCGCUCUUCCUUCCUUCGCCCGUGGACCCUAUGUACUCGUCGAAGCUCAUCUUCGAAGGUAUCAGCGUCGACUACCACGGCGAUGGAAAGCAGUACAACAUGGACGCCACCGUUGCGUACAAGAUGGCUGCAUUGAAUGCGAUUGCAUACCUUGAGAAGCUUGGCUACACUCGUCAACAAGCUUAUCUCCUCUUGUCCGCCGCGCCCGUGGAGAGCCACGUCGGCGCGAUCGUGGACUCGCCGAACGCAUGCGUAACACUUGGCAUCCCCACCGGCAUCUUCGACUUCGAUAUUAUGCCGAAGCCCGAGGGGCUCGACUUCAAGUCGCGCGGCCAGGCGGCGAUCCGCAGCGACGGGCUCGUCGACACGCCCGUGGGGAAGAACUCGGCAUGA